AUGGCUCUCCUGGAAAUUUUUUUCGGCCUUCUGGCUGUGGGCUUUCUGAUCUACAAGUGGGGUAUUUCAUCAUUCAACGCUUUCGAGGAUCGGAAACUGCCCUAUGAAAAGCCCUGGCCAUUUUUUGGAAACAUUGCCAGCUCGGCCUUACAAAAGAUGUCUUUUCAGAGGCAGCUGAGCGAGUACUACAAUCGGAACCGGCAACACAAAGUUGUAGGUCUGUUUAACAUGCGAACGCCGAUGGUCCAGAUAAAUGAUCCUGAGAUCAUUAAAAAGAUCUGUGUCAAGGAUUUUGACCACUUCCCCAACCACCAGACGUUCAUCAACUCCAAGGAGCGCCUGCUGAACGAUAUGCUCACGGUGAUGAAGGACCAGCGUUGGAAGCGCAUGCGGAAUACCCUGUCCCCGGUCUUCACGGCUGCUAAGAUGCGGAAUAUGUUCACCCUGAUGAACGACGGAUUCGCCGAGUGUCUCCAGCACCUGAGCUCUCAGUCCAAUUCAGAAGGUUUCGAGGUGGACAUGAAGGUGCUUUUUAACAAGCUCUCCAACGACGUAAUCGCGACAACUGCUUUCGGGCUAAAGGUCAACUCCUUUGAUAAUCCCGGCAACGAGUUCUACGAGAUCGGUCAGUCAUUGGUGUUCUCUAGAGGAAUACAGCUGUUCAAGUUCUUCCUGGUAUCUCUUCUGCCAACGUUGUUCAAUUUCUUCAAAAUGACCAUUUUUGAAAGCAGUAAGGUGGAAUACUUUGUUCGUUUGGUAGUGGAGGCGAUGAAGUAUCGCGAGGAGCACAACAUCAACCGUCCCGACAUGAUUCAGCUCCUCAUGGAGGCCAAGAAGGAAGGCGAGGACAACUGGACGGAUGACGAAAUCGUGGCCCAGUGCUUCAUUUUCUUCUUUGCCGCCUUCGAGAACAAUGCCAAUUUGCUCUGCACCACCUCCUUCGAGCUGUUGCACAACCCGGAAAUCCAAGAACGCCUCUACGAGGAAGCAAAGGAAAUCCAAGAGUCCUUGAAAGGCGGCUCUCUCACCUACGACGCGGUCCAGAAGAUGACCUACAUGGACAUGGUGGUGUCGGAAUCGCUUAGAAAAUGGACCUUGGCAGCUGCCACCGAUCGCUACUGUUCCAAGGACUACACCCUCACCGACGACGAUGGCAAAGUGCUGUUUGACUUUAAGGUGGGCGACAGGGUCAGCAUUCCGAUUGCAGGACUCCACCGGGACGAAAAAUACUUCCCGGAUCCUCAGAAAUUCGAUCCAGAAAGAUUCAGCGAGGAGCGUAAGAAUGAAUUGGUUCCCUACACCUACUUGCCGUUCGGCGUGGGUCCCCGUAACUGCAUUGGUAAUCGCUAUGCCCUGAUGCAGGUCAAGGGAAUGCUGUAUAACCUGAUUCUGCAGUACAAAAUCGAGCCAUCACCGAGGACCAUUAAGGAUCUUUGGGCUUCUGCCCGUGGUUUUAAUUUGACGCCCAGAUCCGACUUCUGGAUCAAAUUGGUGCCGCGAAAAUAAUUUUAAUUAAAGACUGUACUUUUUGUUAAAUAAAA